UCCGGGCAUGCUGGGAGUUAUAGUUUUGUAACAGCUGCAAGCACCCUGGUUGGGAAACACUGCUGUACAUACUCUGCAAUGCAGCUAAUAAUGUUUUCCGAUGAAAUCUCACUGAAGAAAUGGAUUUCCCAGAAUAUUACAGCAGUGAAAACCCCAAACAGAUUCUCCAUUUAGAAAUUCGAGUUCGGGCUGGUGUGGUAAAGCCAGUGUCUCCCCACUUUUCCUGAAGUUACAAUGCAGACAUACAGCAGGGGAAUAGUGUGAAGGAGACUGGGGCUGAGGUGUGAGGAGAAGAUGAUGAUGAUGAAGAUGAUGAUGAUGAUGAUGGAAGACACAGGCGGGGGCACGGUGACUCAUGUUUCGUCAGGGGGAUAUAAGGGGCAGCGCUGAGCCGGUCACGGUAUGCAGGGCACUGGUGAAGAGAAUUUAGCUGCUCCGCACACACUAGCACCUGUCCCGCCAUCCCUUCUCUAUCUACAGCGAGAAUAGCGCUUGUCACUCGGCUACACAUGGCGCGUCUCCUCAGAGGCUCGCUCCUGUUCAUGACGGGGCUGCUGAUGCUGGUCACUGCGAUGCCCGGAGAGCUGAGGGGGCAGAGGAGCCCGGCCACCGCUUCAGAGUACGGGGUAAAGUUAUGUGGACGCGAGUUUAUCAGGGCGGUGAUCUUUGCCUGCGGAGGCUCCCGGUGGAAGCGGCUGCAGCAUGAGGACUGGAGGAGCCCCGGGCAGAGGAACACAGACACUACAAACCAAGAACUACAUCAGAUGCAGGCACUUUUGGGAUCUCGAUUGGAACCACUUCAGAAGUCAAAUAUACUGUUAAGACAGCAACCACUGAAGGAUUCUUUUCAUUCUUAUGAUGAUUACAGUUAUACACCAAUAGAGGAUUUCAGUGAGUAUGUACACCAGGUAGAAGAUACCAGUGAAUCAGAAAACAGUGCUGCUGCAGGUUCCAAAGGCUUUCCUUGGAUUAAAUCCUCUAGAAGGAGAAGGGAACUGUCUAUCGGAGUGGCAGGCAUUUGUUGCAAAUGGGGCUGCACAAAAGCAGAGAUCAGCACCCUGUGCUAAACUGCCAGAUAUAAUGAGGUACUUCUAGAUCUCGUCUACAGUGUAUACAGACUUGGCAGUAGUGUGAUCUACCCAAGUAUUUCACAUGCUUUGACUAUACAGAAUAUUUUGGUUGACUGCUAUUUGUACUUUAACCAAAGGCCUUUUUGUGGCUUGUUAAUGUGACUUUUAUUUGUUUUGUCAAUAAAUAUUUUUUUGUUGUUUUGCUGUGGAACUUUUCUUGAUCAUUUUAGUAAAUCUGUAUAUUGUUUGCAUUUUAUUUACACAAUGGCCCUGAUUUACUAUUGUAAACCCCACAUGUUUUGUCGGGUUGUGCACUAGAAAUUCUGUCUGCGCCAUAAUAAAAAAUAAAAUAAAAAAAACGACUAGCUCUCCAUUUUACUGAGAAAACCCGGAAAAGGGGUGUGGCUGCUGGAAAAAGGGCGCGUGUCCCUGACAUUUUCACAAAAACUCAACAUAUUUACUAAGGUUUCCACAGAAAAUUCUGUGGAUUUGAUCUGAGGAAAACCCGACAGAUCAGAGGAUGUGUAAAAAAAUUAAAUUAAACAAAUGUAGGCAAAAGUGCAAAAUGUAGGGAAACCUUAGUAAAUACCGUGGAAAAAAAAUUGUAGGGAAUUAAAACCCACAAAGAAACCUACUCUACACUAAAUUAGGGCCAAUAGCUUCAGAACUUUACUAGUUACUUGUUUUAUUUGGGUCCUAAAGAGGAAAAAAAAGAAUUCCAAUUUUUUAAUUUCAAUACUUUGAUAAAUCUGUAUUUCAAGACUUAAAAUACCGGUAGUUUUUCACAAAUAACAAUUUACCCUAUUGUGAUCUGUAUACAUAAAAAUUACUUUCAAAGUUUGCCAUCUAGUA